CAAUAUUCACAACAAUGUGACCACCAACAGUGAGAUUAAUAAUAAACGUAAGCGAAGUAAUUUUCACACAAGAGCCCUUUCCGCCUGGUUUCUUCGGUAUCAGCCACACCCAUGAUCGUUGUUACCGUACCAGCAAAUAUCCACAAUGUGUCCUUAUUUGCUGUGUGACACACCGGAUACGAAGAAUAUUUUCAAUGUAAUGCAGUUUUAGCUCUGAGCGUAGGAUUAACAAUGACUAAAGUAGGCUUUCUGCCGAGGCAAUGGAUCAUGCUGGCAGUUUUGGGGAGCUUCCUCGGCUAUGGAUUCCCUACAUGCGAAGGAUGCCUAUACACGAAAGGCAAAGAGUUCGUCUUGUCAUUUCUGGAGAGCUUUGAAAACGCUAAUAACCAGCCGCAGCUGUACAUCACGAGUACGUCUGACACCUCGGUGACCAUAGAGGCCCCGGCGGAUGGAUACACCACAACAGUAGACGUGUCAGCAGACGAGAAGGUGACAGUCACGUUGCCCCGGAGCUCGGUGGAGAUGAGCGGCAGCCAAUCAGACAACAAAGCUGUGUACGUCACUUCCGACCAGGACAUCAACCUUUUGGCUGUUUCCGGUGAAGGGCUCAUCACAGGAGCCUAUAGGGUUUUGCCGAUUUCAUUUCUUGGGAGCGAAUAUUUCAUUCCCGGGUACAGCGCCUCUGGGCAACUCUCAGAAUUUGGAGUGAUCAGCGCCUACCCCGACACCACGGUCACGAUCACACCCACUCAUGACGUCACGUUUGACGGAGCGGCCUACCCCGCCGGGACAGCUUUUGACGUCGAACUGGGGGAAUAUGAGGGGCUACAGGUCCAGUCAGCGGGGGACUUAACCGGUGUGUCUCGUUAGAUAUUCUGUUUUCAGGUCGCAUGUGGACAAGCAAAUACCCUGCCACAUCAGUAGUAUAAAAAUGCCAGUACUUUCACGCAGGCAGCAUUUCCGUAACAAGACAGCCGCAUUUUUAGGACUAUCCCCCAAAUUUCCUCAGUUUGCUAUCGAUAAAAGAUCGCAUGACAUAUUUGACCGGACCCUUACUUAGCGAUUCAAAAGUCAAAUCUCUUUCAGUUCAGAUGGU